AUGCAAACCGAAGAGCGGUUUCCUCCAGGCACGCAACGGAUCGAGGACAAUCAAGGUGAUCAUGUCGUCCUCGCUCCGCAGCCGCCUGCGGAUCCAAAUCAUCCUCUGAACUGGUCCAAGUUACGGAAGGGUGUUCACAUGACCCUCCUCUCGCUUUACACGUUGUUAGUCUUUGCGAUACUCUGUGUAUCAGUCCCGCUAUGGCAGAAGCUCAACGAGGAACUGGGCAUGAGCUAUGAGGAUCUGAACAACGGCUAUGCAACCAACAUGGCUACGCUGGCGCUUGGCUGCAUCUUCUUUGUCCCGCUGGCCCAUCGUUAUGGCAGGAGACCGGUAUACAUCGUCACUGCCCUGGUCAUGUUUGGAUGUGCAAUCUGGCAGGCCCGGCAGCAGACCGUGGGUGAUAUGAUUGGAGUCAACGCUCUUUCGGGUCUAGCUGGAGCGGUCAACGAAGCUCUUUUUCAGGUCACUGUGUGUGAUCUAUUCUUCGUCCACCAACGCGGCACACUCAACGGUCUCUACAUGGCCGCUGUCUACACCGGCAACUACCUAGGCCCAGUGGCUGCGGGCUACGUGGCAGUAUCACAGCCGUGGAGAUGGGUAUUCUGGUACUGCACCAUCUUCAUGGGCAUAGUCUCACUCGCAAUGGUGUUUGCUCUCGAGGAAAGCAAGUAUAUACCUGUCACAGUAGGGGUACGGCCCGUGGUCACAGAACACACCAACAUUGGCGCCGACAACACGCCAGACGACAAAUCCAAGAGCCCUACUGGCGAUCUCCUCACUGAGAUCAGCUCUACGGCGACAGCAGCAGACGACAAACGCAUCCGCCUUGUGCCCAUCGAUACCACAAUUCCCACCAAUUCGUACUGGAAGCGUCAUGCAUUCAUCACCAAAAGCGACAGUAUCCACCUCACCGCCCACGACAUCUAUCGACACGUCAUCCAGCCAUUCCAGAUCCUCAUCACGUUCCCCGCCGUCAUGUUCACCGCACUGCAAUACGGUUUCCUCAUCGCCAUGCUGGGCGUGCUAGCGGUGACUCAAGCGUCACUUUACGCACUGCCGCCGUACAACUUCUCCACCGCGGGAAUCGGCAACAUGAACAUCCCGCCCGCCGUGGGAGCCAUCCUUGGAGCCGCGUUUGGCGGUCCUCUAAACGACCUGUUCAUAUUGGGGGUGGCCAAAAGACGCAAGGGCAUCUACGAGCCCGAGACCAGACUCUGGCUGUUCAUGGUUCCUGGGGUUUGUAUGCCGCUGGGUCUGCUGCUGUAUGGCUUGACUAUCUCAAAGGGCAUGCACUGGGCAUACAACGCCGUUGGCGCCGGCUUCAUCGGUGCCGCUAUCGGAGGGUGUGGUGAUAUCUCCCUGACAUAUUGUCAAGAUUGUUAUCAAGAUAUCAUAGGCGACGCACUCACCUCUGUCGUCUUCGUCCGCAAUGCAAUAUCCACGGCGCUGGUGUUUGCUGUCACGCCCUGGAUGACCGGCAUGGGCGUCUUCAACAUGUUCAUCAUGCUAGGCUGCCUCGGCCUCGCCGUCGCCCUGACAUGCGUGCCUCUGAUCAUCUGGGGUCGGCGUUGGCGCAUUCGGCUCGCUGGACGGUAUGAGUAUUUCGCAAUGAGACAGCUGGCUUGA